CUCCAACCCGCGAGUGGUUUCGGCUAGGCAUAAGAAGAUCGCGCUCGACGAAUUCGUAGAGAAGUGGGGGGAAGGAGGCGAACCGCACACAUGCCUUCCGCAUCUCGGAGUCUCAAAAACUUUCCGCUCGGGCUCUGUCUACAGCGACACUGCCUUUGACUCCGAUAUUACGAGAUUCCAGACCGCGCAGAUCGUCCUGAGGAAAUUCUUUGAACAGGAGCCAGAAGCUGCUCAAUAUUUUCGGAUCGGCCUCGCGGAGCCAAAGGUCACAUUAUGGAUUUGGAUGAGUUUGAAGCUGAUCGACGAUAGUGCCGAACUUCAUAGGCUAACGGUGAAUCGAGUUGAUUGAUUUCCCUAUAGAGCAGACGGCCACGCGGGCCAUUCGAUGUCUUCUUCAUUGGAUAUCGAUGCUGACGCUUGACUUGGUCCUGCAAGCUCAAUAUGUAACCUAUCUCAAUUUCCAGGUGUACACUUUCAGAAAUGGCGACGCGAAGUGCUUGGUAGAGCCUUUCAUCCAGAACUACGAAAUUUUUUCAAAUAAUUGGGGCUGGGGGGCUCGCUCGCAUGACUUCCCCGCAGCAAUCUCGCACUUCAGCUAUCACUACAGUCUAUCAAAGGGGUCCAGCGCAACAAUUCUAGCGGGAUUCCAGGGAUCUCGAAGGGAAAUGAGUGCGCAGCUGGGCUUGAGCGGUGCCACGCGGCCAAUUACGGAGUAUAAUUUUUCGGAUGUCAACGUCAUUUGUGGCGAGACGGAAAAAGGAGGAACCUACGGCCCGUCUGACACAGGUACAGAAAAGUCACCUCGGCAACAGUAAAGCUACCUCAAGGCAGUCUUCAGUUUGGCCAUUCUUUUUGGCUAUAGUAUAGAAGAUAGAAGAAAUAAGCGAAGCAGCUGCGUUUUCAGAGAUUGUUCUAGUCUAUUUGUUUCUUAGAUUAAACUAAGUUUGAGCCCUAAAUGCAGUGCAUGCUCAUGAAAAUUGCAGUCAGAUUCAUGAAAUGAAAACUACAGGGCAAGAUGGGAUCGAUAAAUUUUUUGCGACGCAUGUAUGCGGACGCUGGUGCAACAAGAAAUGGCUUCGCCCUGGUGCGAGUGCCCAUUCUACUAGCAGCUAUCCAUUGAGUACGCGGCAGGGAAGUGGCGCAAGCUCUUCGUUAGCUUCCUCUAGCGAGCAUGGAGUCUUUGCCCAGAAUUCGGACAGCAGCAGAACGCGUCACGUCCCUGCGGAAUCACUUCCAGAGAACAACCGAACCCGUUACAUUCCUGUGCAGUAUUUUCCAGGUAAUUCGUUCUAUCAGGGCCUUUUUCUAUGUCCAGACUCUGACGAGAUGCUCCUGCACAAAAGUUCAGUACUGUGCUACUCUCUUACUCGUCACUUUUUUCGACUAGAGUUAGUGUUUUUAGCAACUAAGAUGCACGCAUCCAAAGUCCUAGAGAUUCUAUUACUCGUCUUGUCUUGCUGGCAGUGGAGUAGUACUGUCUAAGACGCAAAUGAAUGAGUGAAUCGAUGAAAGUGAGAGCUUCGCUCUCUUUCUCCGUCGCUCAUCUACCACAACCUUUUGCAUCUCACUCUCAAAGGGAACCGCGGCGCGGCGUCCACUUCUUCAGAAGGCUCCGCUAGACCUGCCUCUAACAGAUUAGCGCAGCACAUCGACUCGUGGCAGUGCGACGAUCCCAACGACUUCGGCGACCUUGAAGAAGAGGCUCUGAGUGAAGUAGGGUCUUGUAUGGAUGAAGACUUCGGAGAGAUUACGGAGAACGAAGGAGAUGAGCCC